AUGAAAACAAAUCCACAUUUACUUGAUGGUAUUAUUAUCUUUGAAUCUGGUUCUAAUUCAAAAGAAGUUAUUCCUGAAUUGUUUGAAUAUCCUAAACAUUUUAAAGAAUAUUGUCAAAAUAUAAAAGAAAAUCAAUAUGAAGUUAUUGUUUUUACUGAUCAAAAUAAUUGUAGAUGGUAUGGUCAUUUCUAUGGAUUAACUCAAACACACUCAACACUUAUAUUUAGUCAUAGGGUUUGGGUCACUUGUUUUCGAUAUUUAAUAAAUAUUAUCAAACACUUAUAUAUUGACAAUAAACCACUUUUUUAUCAAACUAUUAAUUAUCUUAUUCAUUACAAUAUUCAACCUUCAACAUCAUCUUUAUAUUAUCCAGAAGCACAAAUCAAUUUUCAGUUUAAUAAUAUUAAUCAAUCAAUUCAAACUGAUGCUUUUAGUUUUCUUUCAAAAAUAUCAGAAAAUACAUUACGAUGUUUAUUUGCAAGUAUUUUAAAUGAACGAAGAGUUGUAGUAAUUGGACAAAAUCCAAGUGAAUUUUCUGUUGUUGUUUUAUUAUUAUUAGAAAUACUUAUUCCAUUUGAAUGGCAACAUAUUAUUAUAACUCACCUCCCUGUCUCUAUGGUAUCAUUACUUCAAUCACCUUUACCUUUUAUUAUUGGAAUGAAAACAAAUGAAUUUAUACAAGUAUCAAAUGAAGUAGUUGUUUUUAAUAUUGACACAUUAACUGUUCAAGCUACUGAUAUAAAGUUAGUUCAAACAGAUAUUGAUUCAUUUCCAAUAAGAUCAUUUAAUAUUUUAUAUGAAUCAAUUAAACAUUCUAUAACUUUAGAAAAAAGAGAACAAAGAAAUGCAAUUAAAAGUGCAUUUAAUUUAUUUUUAUUCCCAAUUUAUAGUCAAGUCAAUAAAUAUAUUAUAUUACAAGAAAAUCUUAAUACAUUAGAUGCUUAUUUUGAUGAACAUUUAUAUUUUCGACAUUCUAAUGAAGAUAUUAAACAAUUCUUAAAAACAUUUAUGAAAACUACUUUAAUGCAACAAUACGUUGAAAUAACAAAAGAAGAUUAUAUAAGAUAUCCUGUUCCAUCAAAAAUAAAAAAUUAA